ACUUAGGUCGCCCACCGAGUGUUGGUACGAUUGUGCGUGGUGAUUUGUCAGCGUCUGUUGUUAGAUGAUUUCGUAUUAGUGCCACAUGUCGUGCAUUUUGGUGGAAGUUGGAUUCGUUGUUUUACCGAUGGGUUGACAGUUUUUCUAACAGAACUGUUGUGCUGUUGUGAUACAAAAGUUCUCUUUCCUGCUGGCACGUACUGAAACCGUCAUUGAAAGAUGAUGUGAGAGAAAGGAGGAAGCUGCGACUGUGAUGUGCUGGCAGAGCCCAUGGCCAAGAUGCGGUACUCUGAGAUGCCUCGUGAUGUAUCUUGUGACAGUUUGUCUACGCUGCGUAUUGUUGAGAAUCAUGAAGACAGUGAUGGUGGAAGGUGCCUGGACAAAUCACCUCUUAGUGAUGUUGAAACUUUGGUCCCUGCAUUCAAUGGAAAUGACUUUCCCCUCCUAAAGAAGAAAGAAACUACAGGAACAGACAGCAGACAUCAUAAGUCUUACAUUAGACCAAAGGACCCUACAGCACUGUCAACUGGGGACAUAAGCAAGAGAAUUUCACAUCAUCCUGUCAGGAAACAAGUUGUAAACCCACCAUGCUAUGAUAAUUAUGGCUCUCUUCCACACUGUGCAGCACCUCAUGCCAAGUCACAAAGCCUCCCAAGUAACACUUCAAUCAAGAGUUAUGAUUCAGUUGUUUUUGAUCCUCUGAGAGUAGCUCCAGAGGAUUUUGCAAGUCAGUUGACAUUGCUUGAUAUGCCAGCGUUCAGAGGAAUCACACCUGAAGAGCUGGUGAGCUGUGGCUGGAACAAAAAGCAUAAGCUGACUGUUGCUCCCAAUGUUGUUGCAUUCACACGCAGGUUUAAUCAUGUUAGUUUCUGGACUGUACAAGAGAUUUUAAAUGGCCCAUCAGCUAAGCAACGAGCAGAAACAUUGGGCCACUUCAUUCGAAUUGCAAAGAAGCUCUAUGAUUUAAACAAUUUGCAUUCUCUUUUUGCAAUAAUUUCUGCAUUACAAAGUGUGUCUGUGUACAGGUUGAGUAAAACAUGGGCAUGUUUAUCAAAGAAGGAAAAGCAAACAUUUGAUAGACUGGCUGAAGUGUUCUCUGACAGAAAUAACUGGCACAAUCUCCGUGAUCUUAUGGAGAGUCUCAAGCUGCCUUGUAUCCCAUAUUUAGGUUUGUUCCUGACAGAUCUCACAUACAUUGACAUGGCACACCCACAUUCAGGAGGGCUUGAGUCAGAGCAGCGGCGGCUCAAAAUGAACAACAUUUUGCGGGUGAUCUCAGAUUAUCAGCAGUCUGAUUACUCCCAUCUUGUUCACUUGCCUCACAUACAAAAUUAUCUGCGUAAUGUGAGAUAUAUUGAAGAACUUCAGAAGUUUGUUGAAGAUGACCAGUACAAACUAUCUUUGAAGCUGGAACCCCCUUCACCUGGUCCAAGUUCUUCCAGCUCAAAAGAAUCAGUGAGUGAAACAAUGACAUCAGUAGCCUCAUUGAACCUCUCUCCUGCUAAGGGUCUGUCCUCAGGUUCCCUUCGGCUCCAGGCAACAGCAGCAGGAGCUGCUAAGUUUGUGCCAACACAUAGAAAGUGCCGUAGCUUAGGAACCAAAUUUCGUAGUACAAGUCUUCCUCGAAACUUCCAUAAACAAGGUCAUCAUCAGCAAGGGUAUUACCAUCAACCUGGAUGGGUACCCAUUGGCAUUUUCAACAAGUCACCUCAAGUUGUGACAUACAGAGAGGCAACUUCAGUAUUGCAGCGGGGAGAGAAACAUUUGCUGGAUGAUUCUGUACUAGAGGAACAGCAGCAGCAGCAACUGAUACAUCACAAUCGAGAAUCUCCCAAUGGCAGACAUAAACAUGUUGAGGGUACUGUUGAUGAAGAGGGAGAAAAGCUUCUCACAAGACAUGGAUCUUCACUAUUGCCAGAUCCAGAUGAUUUUGGUGAAGCUGUUGGAAUGCAAUGUGUGCUGCAGGGUUGUCUUCGUAGGAAAACAAUGCUCAAAGCGGGAAGGAAACCAGCAGUCACCUCAUGGCAGCGUUACUGGGUACAGCUGUGGGCCACCUACCUUGUUUAUUAUCCACCAAAGUCUUUCAAAGGGAGUGAAAGGUCAGACUUUAAACAAGAGCCUUGCAAAACGGUGCCUAUAGGUGGGUGGUCCGUUUUUAUGGGUGACAAUCCAUUUCAACCAGAUUUGUUUCAACUUACUGAUCCAAACAGAGGGAAUGUGUACAAAUGCAGAGCUGGCAGCAAGGCUGCAGCGCAACAGUGGUUCCGCCAUCUGCAGCAAGCAGCCUGUGGCAUCAAGGAGAAGCCACUGCCUGCAAAUCUCAUGUCAUUUGAGUGAUAGUUUUGAACAAGUGCUUUCUGUUUGAAUAUAGUGGUUCUGAAGAGAACUUGCCUCUUCUAGAAAAAGUGGUUUAUCUUCUAGCUUCUGUGGCCUAUUGUAAAUACCAAAUUGUGAGAGUUUCAGAUAUUUUGCCAGAAAGCAGUGCAGUUUAUGUGUCCAUUAACAGUUGCUACUGUCACUGUUUUACUGAUGCUGUUUCUAGAAUUUCCAGUACUUGCAAUGGAAAUGAAACCUUUUUGGCACCAUGCUAUAAAUACUCAUUUCAUGACAAUAUUUACAAAAUUUUGUUAAGUACUUUUUUACUUCUUUAAUUAAUUGGCAGUGUUGAUACUUUGAUAUUUAUGUAUGGGCAAUGUUAAGGAUAGAGAAGGAGACAGGAAUUGUGUGCUGCCAUUCUAGAGUCUCUUAGGGAAGACUAUUGUAGUGUUCAUAUGUAACAUUAUCAGGACUUUAACGUGUUCAGUGUGUUGUCCACAUUGCAGUGGUGUGCAAGGUGUUUCCUGCAAAUAUGUUUAUCCAUCUUACAAAUGGAGAAUAAAUAAUAUGAAAGGAGUUCCAUUCCAGUAUGUGAUGUGAUGAGAUGAGAAUCCUGUCCAUAGUUGAGAUAGCCCACUAUCAAUGACAGGAAUAGAUUUCUUGCAGAGUUUAUAGCUUAUAAUCCAUAUGAAUUAAACAGUGGACUUGGAAAUAUAAAUUUCACUUUGUCAUCAUUUCUCCAAGGUGAUAGCUUGGAAUUAUUAUUACAGCUCUAUGUUUCUGUAAUUGGUACCAAUAUGGAAAUUAUAAUGAACAUUCUCUUAAUAGUCCAAUAUAAAGAUUUCCUAAUCACUUGUCAUUUUCUGAAAAACUCUAUUUUGUCUCUAAAUUAAUCCAGAUAAUAUCAUGCAAUAAUUUGAUUAAGUACCAGUCAUACACAUCAUUUGUGGUUGCAUUACAUUCAACUGAUGUCUCCUCUCCUCCUGUUAUCCACUGUUUCUUAGAAUGGAGGUUAGCAUUAACUAUGCUGUAAUAAUUUUUAACAAGGAGCUGUGUACAGUUAUUCCAUUUCUCAAAUUGUGGCUAUGUUUUUAGUAAAAAUGUUCUUGUUUCCAGCAUAUAUUUAUCAGCUUGUGCUGGUAAGAAAUUUAUAACCUUAAAAAAUUGUCAUAACAUUUUCUUUGUCAGGUCAGCUUGUGAACAUAUACUAACAUGAUUGUGCAUUACUGUUGCCCAACUACGUGCGACUGAUUGUGUGGAAGAUGCGCAUGGUAUUGCUGUUGUUAUAAGUUGUGAUAUGUUUUUAAAUUUAGAGAUGCAUUGUGGAGUUUUGUAUGGUAAUUAUGACAUACAUGUAGUAAUAGUAAGUGAAAUUUAUCCAUUUCUCGAUUUUAUAUAACAUUGGCCUAAGUUUAAAAUUCAUCUGAAUAUGUUUAAGAUGUGUUUGCACCUUCUAAGAUGAUGUCUCAAGUUAUAAAAUGUAUUUGUUUGAUAAAAUUUACUACCUUUGUUUUGUAUUUCAUUUGUUUAUUAUAUUUUUUAGACUGGUAUUUAAAAGUACUUUAACACAUAUUCGUAUUAGGGAACAGAAAAUGUUCUGUAGGAGACAGUUGUGAUUCUUAUUUUCAUCAAACUGUUUCUAUAUUCCUCAAAUCGAAAAUCCACUUCCAUUACAACAAACUCUUGAUUAUUCAUGCACAGCUUUGUGCACUUUUCUUUAACUUAAAUGCAGACUUGUGAACUAGGCUUUUUCAACAUAUUUCCCUACUUGCUUCAGAUGGGGAGAUUUUGGGAUUAUCUGCAGAACAUGGCUGAUGAAUUCUUUUUUUUUAAGGUGCUUAUUUUCAGGAUUGGUAAUGGGGUACUGAGAUUGCUACAGUGGGAAUGGUGGUGGAGAGAGAAGAUACUACAGGUGCUUAGUCAUUUUUUAUAUUAUUGUCUGUUACAUCGUACUGUGUAUCAGGUGGAAGUGAUUGUUAAUUGGGUAUCUUAAGUAAAAAGGCUGAAAAUUGUAAGGAAUUUUUACUGACAGUAAGACGAAAGAUCAAAUUCAUUGAAAAAUUUUAGAACAGAAAAUUAGUGACGGAAUUAGCCAAAGAUUAUGGACUGGGGAUUGAAUUAUUUUUUCCAUGAAUAAUGCUGUUGGGCUGAACAUUUUUGAAUUCUUGUGAAUGAAGACAUAACUGGAUAGUGGAAAAAAUUAGAUGCUGGAUGCUGUAUUUUACAUAUCUUGUUCAUGGUCUUUCAUGAAUCCAGUAAUGCUGGUUCAGUUACGGAGGAAACUUUUUCCAGAUCUAAAAGAUAAUGAUGUCCAGGUUUUCCAAAUUAAAAUAUCAGCAAGUAUAAAAUUCUUUACAUGGUGUGUGCUAUGAGAAAUUUUGGAAACAUGGAUGAAGGUGGUGUCGAAGAAUGACUAUAGAGUAAAGAACAUUGGUCUAAGUUACUAAACAAAAGUGAAAAAAGAGGUGGGAAGGAUAUGAGUGAAAUUUGCACUGCCAUGAGGAGUGUAAAUUGUCCACAAAUACAUGCGAAUAUUACAAAUUGUUUCUCAAAAUAAACGUCAAUUUUGUAUUUAAAAAACAGUAAUUUGUGAAGUUCUGCGAAUGCACCAAACAAAAUAUUUUGGAUUAUCCAUGUUUUUAAAUUAUUAUGCAUAUUUUCCUCAUCACUAGCCUGGAUAAUUGGGAAUUUACUGUGUUAUUUCAUUUAGUUUUCAUUGCAUUUACUAGUUUUGCAAAAUAUCUUUUUCUUAUGACACCCUAUUAACCUUACAAAUUUCAGAUGGAACUCCCAAACCAAAACUGCAAGUAGUGGUCAUGAUAGUGAUAGUGAUGAGGGGAAGGGUUUUAUGACAUGCAAGGAGGAAUUACAGUGUAAAUUAAAGUAAAGUCCUAGGUUAUUGAGCAUAAUCGUUCUGACUUUUUUAAUUGCAGAUUUUCUGAAUAUUGGAAGUAAUGCUAGAGAAGCAGUUUCUCUUGGUGGGACAAUUCCAGUAUCUUUUUUCAAGACCAUGUAUAGUGAAAAUCCAGUUUAAGAUGGGCAUGUUGUGAUUUGUGUACAUGUUUUGAUAUGAGUAGGCUGUUAUUAAGAGAGACCCUCCCAAAAAUUAAUUGAUAAACUUUUAUUGAAACAUUUCUUGAGUCUAGAACAGUGGUUCUCAACAGAUGUUUUCUUAUGGCUGGUAAUUUGGCCAUGCACAAUUCACUGUGGCUCCAUUUAGAAGGAGGAAAUGAAAUGGUAAGCAUGUAUGUGCAGACUUGAAAUUUUAUGGUGGCCACACUUGAGAACCUGUGAAUGAGAAGUGUGGAUUUAUAAUCUUUAGAAAUGUAUUCUGCAGGUUGGAAACCACUGUCCUGUACUAUAUGGUCAGAUAAAUGAAGACUUUUAAUAUACUUUGACUGUAGAUCCUUGUUUGUUUCUGUAAUCGGUGUGUAACUAGUAAAAUGUAAAAGAUAUACAUUGAAAAAUGUGUGCCUAGUGUGAAUCAUAUGAUUGUCAUUAGAAUGUAUUGUGAAGAAGAAAACACUACCAUAUGCUUAUUAUUGUAUCUAAAAUAUACAAAGAUGUUGUCUUAGCUGUGCGCAAAUAAGUGAAGAUUAAGCAGGAAAUAUAGCAUGAGAUGCACUGUUUAGUGUUGGAGUUAGUAGUCUGCUACCAGAUACAUAUGAUGAUGAGUUGAAAAACUGUCAUCUGUCUGUAUUAAUGAAAUUAUGUUUGAACCAUGUAUGGUAAUGUGUUCCAAAUGUAGAACAUUUUUAUACAGAGAGUCUGCUUACAAGAACAUAUCUUGAAUGACCUACUUUUCUCAGGGGAUGUCUAGGCCUUAUGUUAACAGCCCUGUGAACACUUAUCUACUGGACUAGUAAUUUCAAAAUAUUAUGUUAUGUUUAGAAUUUAAAGGCUGCACUGAGCUUAAUGGCAUUGUAAACUUUGAUGGAUUUUAUCAUUGCUGAUGGAAACACACUGUUCUAGCAUUUGUGGGCCUGGUUAUAGGAUUAGAAUGCAUAAGUGACUGUGGAACAUCAUCCAGUAUUCAUGUGUCAGAAUAUUCCAAGCCUGAUCAAACAGUAUCAAAACUGAAUCUUUGGAAUUAAAAUGCUGUACUUAAGGGAUAGGAUGAUGAUGAUAAUCCUGUACAAAGUAGGCGUCUUCAGUGCAUGCCAGCGAUGCUCUAUUGUGUUGUGUUUAGUGAUUUCAUCAUCACCAAAUUAUUUGUAUUUCAAAAGUUACAUUUAAGUUUUGGAAACGGUAAAGUUAGGUGAGCUGUGUGUGAUAAUGCAAGUAUGUUUCAUUACAGUUGGGAAAUGGUUGUGUGGUGUAACAUUUCUGGCACAUUUGUCUGUUAUUGCCUCUAGAUGUUCAAUUUGUGAAUGUAAUUUCACAAGGAACAUAAGUAGUUGUGGAAGCAGUGACUUGAGUGCGUGUCUGACACCUAUUUGGCCGGGUGUUAUCACACAGGGAAUUCCCCAUGUGGUUGCAUGGAUGGGGGUAUGUCAUUGAUCUCAUUAUGAGCUACUCUUCUGUGUGUCAUCCUCGAGCAAUUUGUCAUUUCUCCUUGAAAUGCUUAAACCAUUUACAUAAUGCAGCUUGGCCUAUGACUGUUUCCCCAUAGGCUCUCCUGAUUUUCUUGUAGUGAGAAUGUCCUACCUAGUUGUACACAAGACUUAGUGUUUACUUGCUCUUAAAAUUGCAACAUUGAGCUGUACUGCAUUCUGAAAAUAAAAUUGCUGAACUUAUCAGA